CUGAAUGCACGUGUAUGCUUAUGACUUGAAGGUUACACAGAGACUCACCGGCAAGGAAGUUCGGUCUCGUGUGUCAUAUAGAACAGGUAACCACGACUGUGGUUGCGGUCAGAAAGAGGGUGGACAGCACUGCAACACAAUCAUGGAUCCCAUGAAGGCGCAGCAACUGGCGGCGGAGCUGGAGGUGGAGAUGAUGGCUGACAUGUACAACCGAAUGACCAACGCCUGCCACAGAAAGUGUGUGCCCCCACAUUACAAAGAGGCAGAGCUGACGAAAGGCGAGUCCGUGUGCCUGGACCGCUGCGUGGCCAAAUACCUGGACCUCCACGAGAGGCUGGGACGCAAGCUAACAGAGCUCUCAGUCCAAGAUGAGGACAUGAUGAGGAAAGCAGCUGUCGGCAGCGGAUAAUGACACUGACAACGGGAUAAGAUGCUGAAGACUAAGACAGAAUAAUGACAGCGGAAUUAAUAGCGUGUGUGGAUUCUUAAAAGGAAGUGUUUUAUUUGGGUUAUGUCUGUGGGCAAAUGCAUCAAAAUGUAAGUUCAUUUGGGUCCAGUGGGAGAAACUGUCAGGGGUUAUGCAAUGGGGUCUGAGCACUUUGUGCACCUGCAGUAUGAGAACAACUUAAAAUCGUUCAGAAACAGUCUUAACAGCCUCUGGAUGUGGAAUAAACAGGCCCGGUCGUUCAGUGGAUAAAUUCCUGGGAUGUUUGCAUUUAUUAUUUUGUUUUAUUUGGCUCACUCAUACAGAGAUACUUUCAUUUUUAAAAUGCAGUAUGUCACAAACAGCUCUAUAUUUAGUUGAGGACUUACCGUUACGCUAACCUCCGUUGGCCAGCUCGCAGUUACAAGUUGAACAACUGUCAACGUUCACCAUCCGGACCCUUUUCCACUUCAUCUUAAGAAGUUUACCACCCUACGUUGUUUGGCGUGCACCUCACAAGGAACCUCGCCUGUCGAUCGGAACUCUAUUGACAACGUCUAUCAUGCUGUUGUUUACUGUCAAGCCAUGCUCCUAUCAGCUGGGAGCCAACGCUAGCUACAUUUUAACUACCCCAUGGGUCAUUGUCAAGCGUCCUUGGGUCCCAUGAAAGGUGCUUUAUAAAUCUAUGCUAUUAUUUCAUUUGACCUCAACUCUUAAAAGCACAACAAUGAUGUGCGUCCAAUGUGAAACAGUUGGUAUUUGAAAGCAAAAUGAGGAAUAUUUCAAAUGUGCUUGGUCGCUGACCUGUUCAUGUCUGUGGAGAAAGACCCCCAUGACCCCCACGAAACACAUUGAGUUAUGUCAUUACUACCCUGCUCAGAUAUUGUCACAUGAACUUUACUCUGUCAUUCUUGUGCAUAUUGUUGCGCUGUAAGUGGGACUUUUUUUUUUUUUUUUUUUUUUUUUAAAUGUCUUUUGGUGUAUUGCCUUUACCCAGUCUGUCAGCCUUCCAAUUGCAUAUCAGCGGGGCUGCGAUGUUUUUCCCUCUU